GCCGCGCAGUGCGCGUCGGGAAGAGGGGAUGAGCUGGGCUGGCUUCCGUCGCGUUAGCGAAGGCUCAACCUUCUCCCCGUCCAGCCCAGGUUGUCGGGAGAUGGGCCUCGGGCGGAGAAGCCGGCGUCCGUGAAGCGCGUCCGGCGCCACGGAAAACUACUUUUCAUGAAAUACACCAUCUCUUGUGAAGGUGGAAAGUAAGAGCUGGUCAUCAUGCCUGCCGUGGCUUCAGUUCCUAAAGAACUCUACCUCAGCUCAUCCCUGAAAGACCUCAACAAGAAAACUGAAGUUAAACCAGAGAAAAUAAGCACAAAGAACUAUGUGCACAGUGCUCUGAAGAUCUUCAAAGCUGCAGAAGAAUGCAGAUUAGAUCGUGAUGAGGAAAAGGCCUAUGUGCUAUACAUGAAAUUUGUGAGUGUUUAUAAUCUCAUCAAAAAAAGAUCUGACUUCAAGCAACAGCAGGACUACUAUAAUUCAAUGGUUGGACUCACCAACAUCAAAAAAGCUAUUGAAGAAGCUGAAAGACUCUCUGAGAGCCUUAAACUCAGAUAUGAAGAAGCUGAAGUUCGGAAAAAACUUGAAGAAAAGGACAGGCAGGAGGAAGAGCAGCUCCAGCAGCAGCAACGGGAGGGCUCAGGGAGAGAUGACGUGGGCGCUUCCGCUAGAGGUCCUUUGGAGAAUGUAUUGGACUCCAAAAACAAAACCCAAAGGAUCAAUGGUGAAAAGAACGAAAAGAGUGAAACAGUGGAAAAAGGGGCAAUCACAGCAAAGGAGCUGUAUGCACUCAUGAUGGAUGAAAACACCAGCCUGAUUAUAAUGGAUGCUCGAAGAACUCGGGACUACCAGCAUUCCUGUAUCUUAAAUUCACUCAGUGUUCCUGAAGAAGCGAUCAGUCCAGGAGUCACUGCUAGUCGGAUUGAAGCAAACCUCCCGGAUGAUUCAAAGGACACAUGGAUGAAAAGGGGAAAUGUGGAUUAUGUGGUACUUCUUGACUGGUUUAGUUCUGCAAAAGAUUUACAGCUUGGAACAACUUUACGGAGUCUGAAAGAUGCACUUUUCAAGUGGGAAAGUAAAAGUGUCCUGCGCAGCGAGCCUCUGGUUUUAGAGGGAGGCUAUGAAAACUGGCUCCUUUGCUAUCCCCAGUACACAACGAAUGCCAAGGUCACUCCACCCCCACGAGGCAAGCAUGAAGAGGUGUCUAUCUCAUUGGAUUUUACUUACCCCUCACUGGAAGAACCGGCUCCCUCCAGGCCUCCUGGCCAGGUUGCUCCUCCUGUGGAAGUAAAUGACAAGGUCACCUUGAUAACUGUCCCUGAGGAGAGGAGGAGAGCGCCCGCCAAACCAGUCGCUGCUUCCAAAGCGGAUGUUUCACCUCUCAUUCAGCCAGGGCCCAUUAUCAAGAACAUUCCACAGAUUGAUCGUACUAAAAAACCCACAGUGAAGUUGCCUGAAGAUCAUAGAAUAAAACCUGAAAGUACAGGUCCUGAGCUGUCUCCUCAGAAUGGAAAAGUUCUUCCCGAUCGAUCCACCAAACCCACAUUUCCCCCCGUGACCGCCAUGUUAACAGAUGAAGAGAAAGCCCGCAUCCAUGCAGAAACUGCUCUUCUAAUGGAGAAAAACAAGCAGGAAAAAGAACUUCGGGAAAGGCAGCAAGAGGAACAGAAGGAGAAGCUGAUGCGGGAAGAGCAAGAGCAGAAAGCCAGACAGAAACAAGAAGCUCGAGAAAAUGAAACCACAGAAAGCGAGCCGAAAGCCAAGGAAGAAGAGGAAAGGAGAGACGGUGAGCAGGCCAGGAAAGAAGGCAAGGAACCCUCAGUGAAGAGGGGCAGAGAACUAACAGGAAUAAAAAGACAGAGUAGAAGUGAGCACGAAAUGUCUGAUGCCAAGAUACCUAUGGAAGGAGAGAAAAGGUGUCCGACUCCGGAAAUGCAGAAAAAGUCAACAGGAGAUGUGUCUCCUCUAGCUGUAUCGGGAGAUACCAGUGCAGGCAAGGCGCAGCGUGAGCCCUUGACAAGAGCGCGGAGCGAGGAAAUGGGGAGGAUCGUGCCUGGGCUGCCUUCAGGCUGGGCCAAGUUUCUCGACCCAAUCACAGGGACCUUCCGCUACUACCACUCACCCACCAACACCGUUCACAUGUAUCCACCGGAGAUGGCCCCUUCCUCUGCACCUCCCUCCACCCCCCCAACGCACAAAGCCAAGCCCCAGGUCCCCGCCGAGCGGGACCGGGAACCCUCCAAGCUGAAGCGCUCCUACUCCUCCCCGGACAUCACCCAGGCCAUUCAAGAGGAGGAGAAGAGGAAGCCAGCAGUGACCCCAGCAGUGAAUCGGGAAAACAAGCCAACAUGCUACCCUAAAGCUGAGAUCUCGAGGCUUUCUGCCUCUCAGAUUCGGAACCUCAACCCUGUGUUUGGAGGAUCUGGGCCAGCUCUUACUGGACUUCGUAAUUUAGGAAAUACUUGUUAUAUGAACUCUAUAUUGCAGUGCCUCUGUAACGCUCCCCACUUGGCUGAUUAUUUCAACAGAAACUGUUACCAGGACGAUAUUAACAGGUCAAAUCUGUUGGGGCACAAAGGCGAAGUGGCAGAAGAAUUUGGAAUAAUCAUGAAGGCAUUGUGGACAGGGCAGUACAGAUACAUCAGCCCAAGAGACUUCAAAGUCACCAUUGGGAAGAUUAACGAUCAGUUUGCAGGGUACAGCCAGCAAGAUUCACAAGAGCUGCUCCUCUUCCUCAUGGACGGCCUCCAUGAAGACCUGAAUAAAGCUGACAAUCGGAAGAGGUAUAAAGAAGAAAAUAACGAUCAUCUUGAUGACUUCAAAGCUGCAGAACAUGCUUGGCAGAAACACAAACAGCUCAACGAGUCCAUUAUCGUUACACUUUUUCAGGGUCAGUUCAAGUCCACAGUACAGUGCCUCACCUGCCACAAGAAGUCGAGGACGUUUGAGGCCUUUAUGUAUCUGUCUCUACCGCUUGCAUCCACGAGUAAAUGUACAUUACAGGAUUGCCUUAGGUUAUUUUCCAAAGAAGAAAAACUCACCGACAACAACCGAUUUUACUGCAGUCACUGCAGAGCCCGGAGGGACUCCCUGAAGAAGAUUGAAAUCUGGAAGCUGCCACCGGUGCUUUUAGUGCAUCUGAAACGCUUCUCCUAUGAUGGUAGAUGGAAGCAGAAACUGCAGACGUCUGUAGACUUCCCGUUGGAAAACCUGGACUUGUCACAGUACGUCAUUGGUCCAAAGAACAGCUUGAAGAAGUACAACUUGUUUUCUGUCUCCAAUCACUACGGCGGCCUGGACGGCGGCCAUUACACGGCCUACUGCAAGAACGCGGCGCGGCAGCGGUGGUUCAAGUUUGAUGACCACGAAGUUUCAGACAUCUCCGUGGGCGCGGUGAGAUCCUCAGCCGCCUACAUCCUCUUCUACACUUCGCUGGGCCCGCGGGCCGCCGACAUGGCCACAUAGGAGGGAGAGCUUCGCGCUGAUCGCGUGCCGGCCCUCGGCAGCCGCUGCUCACUCGCUCCCAUGGCGGCGGUGGCGCGCAGCGGCUCCGGGCGCGAGUUCGAGAACAGUGGGCGCCAUUACUUCAGGUCAGUGUAACGACGACACCAAGCAGGUGUCACAGCAACGUUCGUAGUCUGCUCCAAAGGUCAAGUAACGAAGUAGCUACGCGUUACCCUCCCCCCGGCGCCACCCUGACCCUCCUUUUCACUGAUACGGCCUUCCCCUCCCCCGCCUGGUGUAUGAAUACUCUAGAAGAUUAAAGCAGAUAGGAAUGUACGUGUACAGAUUAUUGCACACUUGCACAGCAAUCCAAUGUACAUAUUUAAUGUGUCCUUUUGUGAAGCCUAGCACUCAGGACGCUUUUGUGUUCCUUCUGGCCCAUGCUGAGUAACUGCAGCGCUUUCCUAGGGAAAUGACAGGGCAGAGCUAUUUUUCCGUUGGCUUUAGGCUGUAAUUGUGCACUAAAUCUUUAUUCUACACACAUGGAAACUUUCUUUAAUUUUUUAAAAUGGGAAUUUCAUUUACAUCUACAUUAAAAUCUUAAUGAAAAAUUAACUUAAAACUG